AUGUCCUCUACGACAAUUAUUCGAUCGAUUGAUUCAUUUUCAUCGAAAUCUUCAUUGGCUUCUCCAACAGUUCACAAAUCAAUACAAUCUAAAUUUCAUAAAAUUAUUCAAUUUUUUUUAUCAUUUAAUAUCGAUCGAAAAGAAACAGAUGAUAAUACAGAACAACAUGCUAUAUUAGUAUUACGUGCAUUUUUUAUUUAUAUGAUUUUUGUUGGUAAUAUCUUAAUUGUUAUUUUUUUAUCUCAAUCAAAACAUGAUUUUUUUAUUACAAAUACAUUUGAAUAUCAUUUAAUUGAUGCACGAUUUCCUGUUAAAUCUUCUUGGAUUGAACGAAAUAUUCGAUCUAAUCCUUAUAAAAAUGUACAAAAUAAAUAUGGAGAUAUAUUUAUGAUUGAUUUUAAUCAAAUUGCUACAUUUGAUGAUAUAUGGCAAUUUAUGAAUGAAACAAUUGGAAAUGUUUUUUAUCGUUCUCAUAUAUGGCAAUCAAAUUCAACAGUUACAUCUCAACGUUCUAUUCGUUGGGUACUUGAUCAUUUUUUAAUGAUUGGUGUUAUUAGAAUGAGACAAGUUCGUGUUAAACCUGAAAAAUGUAAUAUACCAAAAUCAUAUUCAGAUGAAAUAGCUGAUUGUUAUCCAGCAUAUUCAUUAGACAAAAAAGAUACAGAUCCUUUUGGUCCUAUCACACUCAGUGAUAGUACAAAAAUUAAUAUGAAACAAGCAUGGAAUUACAUGUCAGCUGAUAAAACUGGAAUGGGUUCAUAUACUGGUCAAUAUGGUACAUAUGAUGGUAGUGGAUAUGUAGCUGAUCUUGCUCAAUAUGUACGAACAAAUAAACAUUUUACAAAUGAUAUAAAUGAAUUAGAAAAAUUUCAUUGGCUUGAUAAAGCAACACGAGCAUUAUUUAUUGAUAUUGUAACUUAUAAUCCAAGUGUUAAUUUAUUUUCUUAUAUAAAAUUUAUAUUUGAAAUGCCAUUAACUGGUGGAAUUUUUCCAUCAUAUAAAAUUGAAAAUAAACAAUUAUUUAGAUAUAUAACUUCAACAAAAUAUAUUCUUAUAGGAUGUGAAAUUAUUAUUGUUACAUUUACUAUUACAUUUAUUUUCAUUGAAAUAGUAAAAAUCAUCGAAUUAAGAUUGAAAAUUUUUCUUAAUAUUUGGAAUUGGAUUGACAUCAUUCUUUUAAUUAUCUCAAUUUUAAUGAUUAUUGCUAAUAUACGUCGUCUUUUAACUAUUAAUUCUCCAUUAUAUGGUAAAAUGUCUAUAUAUAUUUCAACAUUUGAUGAUUUAACUAUUAAAUUACUUCGUCUUCAAAGUUUAUUUGAUACAUUAAGUAUUCUUCUUACAUCAAUUAGUAUUAUACGUAUAUUAAAAUAUUGUGAUUUUGCUGUAACAAUUAUUCGAAUAAAAGCAACAAUUCAAAGAUGUUUUGGAGAUCUUAUUGGUUUUCUUGUUAUGUUUGUUGCAAUUAUGGUAGCUUAUGCACAAUUUGGCAAUCUAGCACUUGGUCAACAAGCUCCAGCAUUUUCAACAGUUGGCAAAGCAUUUGUUGCACUUUUUCGUACUGUACUUGGUGAUUUUGAUUAUGAAGCUAUUAGUGAUGCUUCACCAAUUGUUGGACCAUUAUUCUUUUUUCUUUAUAUUUUCUCUAUGGUCUUUAUUUUAUUCAACAUGGUUUUAGCUAUUAUAGUCGAUUCAUAUGAAGAAUUAGGUAAUGAACAUCGUGAUGUAAUUAAUCGAAUGUUAAUUGAUGUAACACCAGUUAUUAAACAAUCUAUUCGAAAAUUUUUUGAACGAUUUGGUCUUUGGGAAAAAGUUAAAGUUAUUGUUCAAUUUAUAAUUAGUGCUGAAGAUCCAUUAAAUUCUAAAACAGUUGCUGAUCUUUUACAAGAAUUUAAAUAUUCUACAACAUCAUCAUUAUAUGAUGAACUUCGACAUGCAUUUGCACAUGAUAUGACAAAAUUAAUAUCAAAAAAAGAUUUUCAAGCUUUUUUAAAAUAUUCACGUGAUGAUAAAAAUCGUCAACGUGAUACAUUACAAAGUUUAUUUUCUGGUAAUAUACCAUUAAUAGAUUUUAAUGAACAACAAGAAUGGAGUAAACGUGCAAGAAAUUUAUGUACAAUACAACAAUGGGCACAAUUACGAUAUCGAAUAGCACGUUUAGAAGAAUUAUUUUAUUUAAUCGAAGGAAAAAUUGAUUAUACUAUUCGAACAUCAAAUAAUUUACUUCAAAAUGUAAUAUUAUCUAUUGAAAGAUCAGAUAAUGAAAAUAUGUAA